GACGGCGGGUCCUCUCACUCACACCUGACUUCGCUGUGUGUUAAAAACUCGCCGGUUGUGAACUCCACUAACUACCUGCGACGUUACCUCACUGAAUUUUGACUUUUCAUGUUCUUGGAACAUGGGAGACCGUCGUGUUGCACAGUGGACCCGCUGAACGCUGUUUACCUGAGAGUGAUAACUUUACAUCUCAAGUCUCCUGAAGGAUCUGCGACUUGUCAUCACCUCUCACAGGGAGUGUGUAUGUGUGCAGCGGCACAGCGGCGCUUCUGUCACUUUGUGCAUCCAGAGCCCCCUCAGCCUCACAGAAGAAAAAACCCUGGGGACCACAGGCUGCAAGAUUAGAGUGAAGAAUGGGGUUAUCUGUUGCCCUGCCGGCCCUUCUGCUUGUUCUUGGCUUGACCGCUAAUGUAUGGACUCUGAACCCAGAUGACCCCAACGUCUGCAGCCACUGGGAGAGCUACGCUGUUACGGUCCAGGAGUCCUAUGCUCACCCCUUUGACCAGAUCUAUUACACCAGAUGCACCGACAUCCUCAACUGGUUUAAAUGCACACGGCACAGGAUCAGCUAUAAGACGGCUUACCGGCGGGGAGUGAGGACCAUGUAUAGGCGCCGCUCACAGUGUUGCCCUGGUUACUUUGAGAGCGGAGACUUGUGUGUUCCUCUGUGUACAGAGGAGUGUGUCCAUGGCCGCUGUGUGUCUCCUGAUACCUGCCAGUGUGAGCCGGGAUGGGGCGGACUGGACUGCUCCAGUGGCUGUGAGAGCGACUUCUGGGGACCUCAUUGCAGUAAUCGCUGCCAGUGCCAGAACGGGGCCAAGUGUAACCCCAUCACAGGUGCCUGUGUCUGCACUGAUGGGUACCAGGGAUGGCGUUGUGAGGAGCCCUGCGAGCACGGAUACUACGGCAAAGCAUGCCAGCUUCUCUGCCAGUGUCUCAAUGGUGCCACCUGCCACCACGAGACAGGAGAGUGCAUCUGUGCAGCAGGGUAUUCAGGGGCUUUCUGUGGAGAGCGCUGCCCCUCGGGGAGUCACGGGCCUCAGUGUGAGCAGCGCUGCCCCUGUCAGAACGGAGGAACAUGCCACCACAUCACAGGAGAUUGUUCCUGCCCUGCAGGUUGGACGGGUUCAGUUUGUGCCCAGCCGUGCCCUCUUGGCAAGUACGGUAUCAACUGCAGCAAGGACUGUUCCUGUCGUAACGGCGGACUGUGUGACCACGUCACCGGGCAGUGCAAGUGUGCAGCUGGCUUCAGUGGGCGCAGGUGUCAGGAUGACUGUCCUGUGGGCACCUUCGGUCCUCAGUGCAACCAGAAGUGUGAGUGUCAGAAUGGAGCCAAGUGUCACCACAUCAAUGGGGCCUGUCUGUGUGAAACAGGCUUUAAGGGCCCUAAUUGCCAAGAGAGAUUCUGUCCUCCGGGCCUCUACGGCCUCAUCUGUGACAAGUACUGCCCGUGUAAUACCAGCAACACUGUGAGCUGCCACCCGCUCUCUGGUGAAUGCACCUGCGCUGCGGGAUGGACGGGGCUCUACUGUAAUGAGACCUGCCCGCCUGGAUACUAUGGAGAGGGAUGCAUGCUGUCUUGCAGCUGCACCAAUGGAGCUGACUGCCAUCCUAUCACAGGUUCCUGUAUAUGUGCCCCUGGGUUCAUGGGUGAGGACUGUGCUACAAUGUGUCCUCCUGGUCUGCAUGGACCGAGCUGCAUGUCCACCUGCUCCUGCCACAAUCACGCGUCCUGCUCCCCAGUCGACGGCUCCUGCUUCUGCAGGGAAGGCUGGCAAGGUGUGGACUGCUCCAUCCUCUGCUCCAGUGGCACAUGGGGUCUGGGCUGCAACCAGACAUGCUUGUGUGCCAAUGGUGCUGCAUGUGACCCUGUAGAUGGCACCUGUACAUGUUCUCCUGGGUGGAGGGGAGAGCACUGUGGUGAAUCCUGCCUUGAUGGCACCUAUGGUUUGGAGUGUCGUGAGCGCUGUGACUGUAGCCAUGCUGAUGGCUGUGAUCCUGUGAGUGGCUACUGCCGCUGCUACCCCGGCUGGACAGGAAUCCACUGUGAUAACGUGUGCUCACAAGGCUACUGGGGACCCAACUGUUCGGUCAGCUGCUCCUGUCAGAAUGGCGGCUCCUGCUCUCCAGAGGACGGCACAUGUGUGUGUGCACCUGGAUACAGAGGGACCUCCUGCAAAAGAAUCUGCUCCCCUGGGUUCUACGGGCACCGCUGCAGCCAGUCGUGCCCGCAGUGUGUGCACAGCACCGGGCCGUGCCAUCACGUCACAGGCCACUGCGAGUGCCUGUCCGGCUUCUCUGGCUCUCUGUGCAACCAAGUGUGUUCUAGUGGCAGGUUUGGGAGGGCCUGUGCUGAGAUCUGCCUCUGUACCAACAACGGCACCUGCAACCCCAUCGAUGGCUCCUGCCAGUGCUUCCCCGGUUGGAUAGGAGAGGAUUGCUCUCACGCCUGUCCCUCAGGGCACUGGGGCCCUGAUUGUCUCAACUCGUGUAACUGUCACAAUGGAGCCCAGUGCAGUGCCUAUGAUGGGGAGUGCAGGUGCAGCCCCGGCUGGACUGGACUCUACUGCACACAGCGCUGUCCUUCAGGCUUCUACGGCAGGGACUGCUCUGAAGUCUGUCGCUGCCAAAACGGUGCAGACUGUGACCACAUCAGUGGCCAGUGCGCUUGUCGAACAGGCUUCAUUGGGACGAGCUGCGAGCAGAAGUGUCCUGCUGGUACAUUUGGAUAUGGCUGCCAGCAGCUGUGUGAGUGCCUGAACAAUGCUACCUGUGACUAUGUGACCGGGACAUGUUACUGCAGCCCCGGAUACAAAGGCAUCCGCUGCGAUCAAGCAGCUCUGAUGAUGGAGGAGCUGAACCCGUACACAAAGAUUAGCCCAGCGCGAGGCUCAGAACGUCAGUCUGCAGGGGCCGUCAUGGGCAUCAUCUUCCUCCUCCUCAUCAUCAUGGCCAUGCUCAGUCUGUUUGUGUGGUACAGACAGAGGCAGAGGGACAAAGGCCAUGAGAUCCAACCCAGUGUUUCCUAUACACAGGCCAUGCACAUUACCGACUACUCUCUGUCAGAGUGUGGCAGCACUGCAGCAAUGAGGACCAGUGCUGCAGAGGUCAAUCAGAGCGCCGGCAGCACGAGCAACAGCAGCAGCCAGUGCUUUUCCAACCCCAGUUAUCACACUGUGGCUCAGUGCAACGUGGUCUCAACCAUCUCCAGCAACCUGGACGGCACUCUGACCCUCAAAUCGAGCACCCUGAAGAACAGAAACGGCUCAGACUGGAGAGCCUACUGUAACCUCAAUGAUAUAGAUGUUCAACAGGGGGAGACACAGACACAGAGAGGCUCCAGAAAAGACUACACCAAGGCCUCCAUGUGCAGCAACAGUGUCUGCUCCCUGAAUAGUGAGAACCCGUAUGCUACCAUUAGAGACCCACCAGGGCUGGCCUGCAAGCACACAGAGAGCAGCUAUGUUGAAAUGAAGUCCCCCUCCCACCGCGAGGUGCCCUUUGGAGGCACCGCCACCCUCCUGGGCAGCGCCAGCAGGAAUGUCUAUGAUGUGGAGCCAGCGGUAAGUGUCCUGCAGGGACCCAAUGGAAUGGCCACCGGCUUCUCGCAGAGCCCCUAUGACCUUCCCCGCAGCAGCCACCUCCCCAGUCAUUACGACAUCCUCCCAAUGCGUCACAGCCCCACACACACACCUCCUCCACCACCCCCAGAAAGCCCCAGUUCCCUGCUCUAGACGGGCACACACACCCUCUCUCUCCGCCUCGCUCAGACAGCGUGCCCGGCAUCAAGGCAACUUUCAGAAAACGUUGAAGCGGCGGCCCACCCUCCGUCUCCGUGUGUGUUCAAUUAGAUACUGGGAAGUCAACAUGGAGGGACAGCCUCCACACUUUGGCUCCCUCACUCGCACUUUUUCUGUGGUCCUGAUGGAGGGAGGGUGAAGGAAAGAGUGUCCCACACACCAGCGACCAUUCAUCUGUUUUUAUUUUCUUAUAAAAACUGAUCAUUCAAACUGCUGCCCGGACUCUUUAUGGACCUCCUGAAGUUGAACACGGUUAUUCCAAAUGCGCAGCAUACAGGGAUUGUUUGGACAGAUUAUUUACAGGGAGAGAGCGAUCAUCACGCUCAAUUUUAGCUCAUGAUAUCGGUUCACUAAUCAAGGGCAACCGACUGUUUAUAAUGUCCCCUACACAGAAAUGAUUUUCUCCACAGGGAGGACUGUAUGGCACCCUUGAUCAUUUCAAACGAGUGAGGUUUUUACCACAGGAAGACAUCAGUGUCUUUGGAUCUUCUCUGUGUGCAGCAGCUGCAGAUCACAAAGCAGCUGACGCCGAUCUUCUACUCUGAAGUAACAGAAAGUUCGCGCAAAUAUAGGCGACCUUUCUCUAAAACUUAAACAUGGAAAAAGGGAAGAAGUCUGAUAAAGCAUGGACACGUUUUAAAAUAUUGUAAUGGUCCUUUAAUCACUGUUAUCCAGUCAUGAUCACACACAGUAAUUACUUAGCUGAUCCCUGUGUGUAGCUUCUUUUAAGUGUGAACAAGGCCCGAUGUUUCUGCAGAUGCUUUCCGUUCACUAGUGUUCAUGCAGUAUUGCAUCACUAUGAGACACUCACAAGCAGUAUAGGUCUUAAGACUUUUCCCCACAUUGAUGAGGUGAUCAAUCUUGUGUUUGUUUUCUAUGUGAAAGCUUUUUAUCUUGCAAAAUGUCUUAGUUUACGUUUUUUAAGUACUGGGUGUUGAGAAGGGAUUGCUUUGACCUUUUAUGUUUGGUAUUUAUAAAGCUUUAUUUAUUAAUUUAUAUAAGUGAUGGUGACUUUUCUAUCAGUGUGACACUAGAAUAAUAAAAAAAAAAGAUAAGCAUGAUCAGAUAAUGGAUACCCACUGAUGUAGAUAACACAAUUUCUCUUCUUGUGAGAUGAUCAGUGUCAUUUUGUGAACCAUUUUUGAAGUUAUUUAAGAUGUCCUCUCUCACUCUUGCUGUCAGAUUGUAAAAUGAAAAUAAGGUUUCAUCUGACCAGUUCAAACACCACAAAUUCCCCGUGAAGCAUUUAAGUAUAAUGUAAAAAGUCAAAUUCUAAAAUAGUUUCUGUUUGUACCAGGCUAACUUAUUUAUAUAUAAAAUAAAAGUUAUUCAUUCACUAUGUGAAUUCCAUUUCAUCCUCUGUAGAAGCAAUAACAUGUUGACAAUCGAUGCCCAGACAACAAUGUUUCAUUAGUGCUGGACAUUUAGCCAUCUUUGACCAGUGUGGUGACAGUGGAUCAUAUUCUAUGUGACUGUUUUUCCUCUGAAGAAGGUUUUGCUGUCAUAUCAAUGCUGCUUGUUGUUUUGGUAAAUAAGUUAUAAAUUAAAAACCUAUUCUGCCAUCAAAAACCUGUUUCGGUCACGUCAAUACCCUUACUGCCCCUCGUAAAAACAACACGAGUGUUUGAUUCAAGAAUGAAGGAUUUUACUUUUAACAAAUACUAAAUGUUAUUACAGUGUGUUGUGCUCACAAUCCUCUGACCUGUUUCUGCUCUCAUGACACAAAAUGUUCAGAAAUUGUCGUGAGUCUGCGGGGGAUAAAAAAAAGAAUGGCGUCAUAAUAUUCUCACAGGCGUCCAAGUUCUGUAAAACCUGUGAUUUGAACGUGUUUGUUUCAAAGUGUAUAAGUUUAUCAGAGCUUCAGACCAUUUUACUUUAGUUUACUUUAUGAAGAAUAUAAAUAUGAUAUACACAUCUCUUUACUUCUUUCAUGCAGCUGUAGAAGUAUUUGCCUUAAUUUAUCAUUAUCAUUAAAUUAUAUUGAGAUGUUACUGGAAGAAUAGAUCCUACAUAAAUCAGAACUUGUUGCUUUUCUUAAAUCGUUUUGUCUUAUUAUUUUCUGCUGAUAAAUUUGUGAGACAGGACUUGUACUUUAGGUGCGGUAUAUCUACACUUAGGUGUAAACUUUAACUUAAAGGAUCUAUUGUUGCAUUAACAGUGAACUGAGAAUUAAUAGUGUAUAUGACUACAAAACUUUCUGGGUAUACUUGAGUAUUUUUAAUGCUGGGAGCUAUUUUCAUUUGUUUUGUCGUUUAAAUGAAAGGUUUCCUCACAGAUGAUGGAUUCACUGACACAUCCAUAUCUGUCCACACCUGUAGUCCAUCAUAACUUAGUAGUAAUCAUAUCUGGACAGGAUUUGGGUUCAUACAUAGAGAAGUGCAAUGUAUUCACUUGAAUUAAGACUGUCUGUAUAGGCCGGUUAUUAAAAUGCUGUUGAAUAAUGCUGAGGGAAACUGUAGGGACUUUCAUGUUAUAAUGCAGGCCUCAGGCAUAAUCCUGUCUGCUAAACUCAGUCUGCCAGCUCUGUCUUUCAGCUCACUCUUUCAGCCCACUGGGAAAGGACUCAAAAUGCUCUGACAGAGCUGCACCUCAGGUUUAUUCUCAUGACCUGGAUGCUGACCCCCACCUGCUGCUGGAUACCUGUCACUUUUAAUUCAGUCUGACACCACAGCCAGGGAGGGGGUUGGGAGGGGGGUUUGUGAGGUGAGGAAAAAUUAAGUGACCAUAAAACAUUUCCAAAAACAACUUCAAAAUAAGUGACACAUGACUGAGUACCUGUUAAAGAUUGUAUUGUCCCAAUGAAUCACUGUCAUCAGGGCUUCAAUCAGCUCUCAGAGUUAAAGUGCUUUUAUUGAGGCAUGUAUCAUUUGACUGCACUGUGCUGUGGGUGAGCAGAGCUCAGCUGCAGAUCUUUAUUGUGGUCACGUCCGGCUUCAGGAACUGUGAGAAUCCAUCAGACCAGAGACCAGAUCUUUACUUAGCCAUUCUUAAUGCAUAAUCAGUAUUCAUCCCAGACUGGCGGAUCAUUUUCACCUCCUCUGUGUCUACAAAAGCUCCUUAAAUCACAUGUAGCGCCACAUAAAUCAACCCCACACAAAUAGAAUCAAAUCUUAAUCUGUAAAAUGUAUGAAUGAAUAAACAUAGGAUCUAUUUAUCAACAGUCUACUGUUUGCUGAACACGUUUUUAUGAAAGGGUUAUUUAAACUCACUGUUUAUUUAAAAAUUUGCUUGCUUAUCUAAGUAUAUGCAUAUUUGAGUUUAAAAUGUUCACCCAUAGGGAAGACGUUUUUAAGUCACAAUGGUGGCCUGCUGUAGACUUUUAUUAUACUGUAUAGCUUUCAUAAAGCUAUAAGUUAGGGGUGUCUUUCAAGCCAAAAAUCUUGGUAGGGUCGAGGGGGUCCUUCUCAGCAAAUUCAGGAGAAAAAGCAAUGAAUUGAGAAAAAUGAAUGUGAACACCGCUAUUCACCCCAUCCGCCACCAGGUGGCAGACAAGAAGACCACGUGUGAAAGAGGAAGAAGUGAUCACCGCUUAAAAGUGAGGAGGCAAACUAUUGGUGAUAGGGAACAUCUUGUAUACUGUCAAUGGGAACAUCAACGUCGUAAUAUGAUGUAUAUGAUUAAACUGCUUCCGUCAAUCCUCUAUAGAUUUCUGUCAUGCGUACCCGGUUCCAUGGUGUAAUGGUUAGCACUCUGGACUCUGAAUCCAGCGAUCCGAGUUCAAAUCUCGGUGGGACCUAAUUGUUUGCAGGUACAGGAGACCACAAUUAGUGUUGUUAUUGAAGAAAAUGUUGUUGGGUAAGAUGAAUUAUAUACAACUGACAAAAAGUUUAAAUAAAUUCUAAAUUGUGUGAUCUGAAAUUGUUUUGUAAAAGUGAAGAUAAACAGCUAAAAAGAAUAAAAAGAAUUUGUGCUACUG